UGUAAAUUGUAAAAGGGUGGUGAAUUUUUCUUGAAAAGAAGACUGAAGGAAAACAGUUUAUCCAAAUAUAUUAAUGUCAAAGUAAAAAGUAACAUGACCGAUAAUGAACUUUCCAUCAUUCGGAGGCCAUUUUGCAACAGCUCUGCCGACUAUUCACCAGUUUGCUGCGAAAUUUUCUCAAGGCAAUACAUCGACGAGCCUGUGCCCCCCUCAAGACACUAAUCAACGCUAUUCUGCCAAUGGAAUACCGUCUUUCACACAGCAUCAUCAUGCUAAUCCACAACAAAUGCUGUCAACUGUCAAUACUAAGGAGCUACGACAGUGUCAGAAUAAUUACAUAAACCAAACAUUGUAUACGCAAAACAAUAAUGGACAAGAAAAACGCCAACAUUUUGAACCCCAAGAGCUGGCACAAGAAUUAUGUGCUGCUAUGUUGCAACAAAGUCAGCAACAACAAGAAAAACUUAAAGAAAAGACAAAAUUACAAGAGCAUCGAUCACUGCCUUCAACACAAACCCAACAACGCAUCAUCCAACAACCUCAAACCAAUCAGAGUGACAGAAACGACAUUUCGAACAAUCAAGCAUCAACCACAAUGUCAUCGGCAUGGCAAACAUUGACAUCUCCUGCUUCAACUGUGGCUAAUUAUUUAUCCCAUUUGCCAGCAUCAUCCCUACCUUUGAGCAUCCACCAUUUUCUAAAAUACUCCACGGAAAACCUCAAUUUGAAAAAAGAAAACAUCCUGCUUCCUACCAAUUCUGCGAAAAUAAACGAAAACAUUCAACAUUUGAACUUGCAAAACAACUCUGAUGGGCUGCUGCAAAACUUGAAUCUCAACGCUACCUCCAAUUUUGGAACUAACGUGAACAGUUUGAGCGCCACUGGUUUAAGCUUGAACAGCUUGAACAACGCACAAGUGCAGACCAACGUGGUGGCGAAAAAGAAGAAGAAAAAAGUGGAGAAAGAGAAGAAACCGAGACCUAAACCGGGUGAGAUCCGCUUGACGACAGCUCUGGACGGAUCCACGCUCUACUGUUGUCCCGAAUGCCACAUGGCUUAUCCAGAAAAAGAACUUCUGGAGCAGCAUCUAGUAGGCCACACUCUGGAACGACGAUUUGUAUGUGACAUAUGUGGAGCCGGAUUGAAAAGAAAGGAUCACCUGACGAGGCACAAGCAGUCCCACAAUCCAGAAAGACCCUAUGUGUGUACUGUAUGCCUGAAGGCAUUCAAGCGCAAGGAACAACUCACUUUACAUUUCGUUAUACAUUCGGGGGAGAAGCGACAUCUUUGCCCCGAGUGCGGCAAAGGGUUUUAUAGGAAGGAUCAUCUGAGGAAGCACACUAGGUCGCAUAUUGCGAGAAGGGUGAAGGCGGAACUAUCACAACAAAGUACAACUACGUCACAGGCAUUGCAUCUUCAAGUGCCCGCAGCGACUGCUUCUAAUACUAUGAGUAUAUCUUCCUGUAUUCUUCCUUAAAACGACGCGCAAAGAUAUUUUUUACACUAGUUGGCAAAUUUUUGCGAAAUGUAACUAUUUUUUUUUGAAGAGAACCAAAAUCCGAACUUUAAACAAAAAUUUCGUAAAUUUUAUCGAAAUAGACGUAUACGGGGUAACCUAACACUUUUGGGAUAACCCUGUAGACAGCAUCCUCGGUCGAAAAUUCUAGUACUAGAUGUGAUGGAUAAAAAAAUAAUAACCAAGUUGGCGUGGUAAUUUUUGGCUGUGAUAUUUUUUUAAUUUACCAAAGUAGAAUUUUGAUCUGCUUUAAGUAGAUCGUAGAUUUUAGAUGUUUCUGAAAAGAAAUUAAAAAAAAAUAAAAUCAAAAAUGAAAUUCAAAAUUUUAUAAUAUACCGACGUUUUUAAUUUUUUGAUCUGUCAAAUGUCAAUGUAAUUGAGGGAGUGGAUCGAUUUUUAACCGAAUGGGAUGGAUUAAUCGAUUUUGUUUGUUACGUGCAGGGCUGGUUACGUGCAUGUUUCUGGAGAUGACAAAAUUUAAUGUUUUGUGAGUUGAUUCAAAAUGUUCAGAUAUUUAAAAAACCAUUUACACACAAAUUUGGUUCGAUUUACUUCCACAUUGAGGUUUGAUAAGGCAAAAUCGAAAUAUUCAAGUCAGCAUUUUCGGUUAUAUGCCAUAUACUAGAAUUACUAGUACUAGAAUUAGUAUAAGAGAAAAAAAAGCAGAGUAUAAGUACACUUAGUAUUAUUAUUAUAUGAUAUGACGCCCUAGUCAUUUUGAGGCUACCUCAUACUCGUUAUUGUGAUAAAUUUCAAAAGCAGAACAUAAAAAAAACAUACUCUGUAAGGCGUUUCUUUCGUAUAUUCUAUUGUAUUGUGGUACAAAAAAAAAGAUUUGCUUUAAUAUAAUAAAUAGUACAAAGUACGUUGUGUCAUCUUGCACAAAAUAUUUAUUUUUCUUUUAAGUAAUAUUAAACAGUAUUAUUUUUCUUUAAUUUAAGCCAUAUAAAUUCAAUCCCACAUAAAAUCAAU